CUGAGAUGGGGCCUAAGAAGGCAGUUGCUGCACCAGAGGAAGGCAAGGAGAAGGCAGUGGCUACAGGAUCCAGUAAGGUUAAAAGAAAAUCUAUCAAGCUGGUCAAGACCCAAUCGCAUCCCCCGACCCUGGCGAUGGUGGUGGAGGCGCUGAAAAAGAACACGGAGAGGAAAGGAACCUCUGUGCAGGCCAUUCGGAGCAGGAUUCUGGUGGCACAUCCCACUGUGGAUCCGCUAAGGCUAAAGUUCUUGCUACGGACGGCUCUGAACAAAGGGCUAGAGAAGGGCAUUCUGAUCCGACCCCUAAACUCUAGUGCAACAGGAGCUACGGGACGAUUCAAACUUGCCAAACCAGUAAAGGCUCCCAAGGCUGGAAAAGAGGAGAAUGCAGCAUCUGAAAAUGUUGACCCAAAUGCUGAGGUGAAACCCCAAAAGAAGGCCCCAAAGAAAGAAAAGAAGGCUAAAACUGACAAAGAACCCAAAGGUGAGAAACCCAAAGCUGGAGCUAAAAAGGCAAAGGAAGAGUCUGAUGAAAAGCCAAAAGCUGCCAAAUCGAAGAAAGAUACUGAAGCAAAAGAAGGUGAGAAGGCUAAAGCUCCGGCAAAGAAACCAAAAGCCAAAACAGAGGCUGCCAAAGCUGAGGGGGAAACCAAGGCCAAGAAGGAGCCAGCCAAAGCCAAAGCCAAGGAAGCCAAGGCAGAGGCUGCAAAAGCACAGAAGGACUCGGCAGAGGAAGGAGCUCCGGUAAAGGCCGGCAAGAAAGGGAAGAAGUGACCAUAAUCAUGACUGAUACUUUUAACUCUGUAAAUCUGGUUUUAAUGUUUAAUUCUAUAAAUAAAGUGUUAAGUUAUUUUUCUUAGUAACUAACUGGUUUUACUGCCUUCUGUACU